UCACAUGCCUUCUGGACGAGCUCUCAUGGCAGGAUGGAGCCGCGCGCAGAACCACACGGAGGACGACGGUGAAACACGAGCUCCUGGUCUUUUUUAUUUAUUUAUUUUUUAUCACCUUAGAAAUGGACUUCUUCCAUUUCCAUGCAUGCGUAAAGUGUACUACUAAUCAAAUCAUCAUGUCAGGUUCGCGUCUUGCUGCUGCUACCGCUCCACAGGCAUAGGAGUGUGAGGUUUCGUCCCUGGAAGAAGUUCCAAGACUCCCCUUCAGGAAAGUCCUAAAAUUUUGGUCAGUGAAUAAUAUAUAUAUAUUCAAGUGAACGCUGGAGUAUUCCCAGCAUGGCGGCUGGACCCUGAGGGGAGAUGGAUUUAGAGGUGAAGGAUGUGAACGGGUCGAACUGUUUGUCCCGGAAUGAGAGCGACCGAGGACUAAGCGCGUCUUCCGGUGGAGUGUCCACUGCGCUGGCCAGCGUGCUGAUCUUCACUAUCGUGGUAGACAUCCUGGGCAAUGUCCUCGUCAUCCUGUCCGUGUAUAGGAACAAAAAGCUCAGGAACGCAGGCAACAUCUUCGUGGUGAGUUUGUCUGUAGCAGACCUGGUGGUGGCACUGUACCCCUACCCUCUGGUCCUGACGGCCAUCUUCCACAAUGACUGGACCAUGGGCGACCUGCACUGCCAGGCCAGCGGCUUCAUCAUGGGCCUCAGCGUCAUCGGCUCCAUCUUCAACAUCACGGCAAUCGCCAUCAACCGCUACUGCUACAUCUGCCACAGCCUCCACUACGACCGUCUGUACAGCCUGAGGAACACCUGCUGCUACCUGGGCCUCACCUGGCUGCUCACCGCCAUCGCCACAGUGCCCAACUUCUUCGUCGGCUCGCUGCAGUACGAUCCCCGCAUCUACUCCUGCACCUUUGCCCAGACGGUCAGCUCGUACUACACCAUCUCUGUGGUGAUUAUUCACUUCCUGAUCCCGCUGCUGGUGGUGUCUUACUGCUACAUGAGGAUAUGGGUGCUGGUGAUUCAAGUGAAACAUCGGGUUAAACCGGAGCAAAGGACCAAACUGAAACCGAGUGACGUGAGGAACUUCCUGACAAUGUUUAUGGUGUUUGUGUUGUUUGCAGUAUGCUGGGCUCCUUUAAACCUCAUCGGCCUCGCCGUAGCUAUAAAUCCUGUGAAAGUUGCACCCAACAUACCUGAGUGGCUCUUUGUCACAAGCUAUUUUAUGGCGUAUUUCAACAGCUGCCUCAACGCCAUCAUAUAUGGACUUCUAAACCAAAACUUCCGCAAAGAGUACAAGACCAUCCUUCUUGCUCUUUGCGUCCCACGUUUGCUCCUCAUGGAGACCUCCAGGUGUGCCACAGAGGGACUGAAGAGUAAGCCCUCACCAGCUGUAACGAACAUUAAUGUAGCAGAGAUAAAUGUAUAAACUGUUUCACUGGGAAGCUUAAAGGAAACCUGGGCCUUAUUUUCUCAUGUUUUUGGGUGUAAAUAAUUGAUACAAAAAUCUUUGGAAUUGGUGCAGAAGCAAGAAAGGUCUGCCUGGUCUCUGCUUUAAUGUAAUCCAGUGGGCAAUUGUUCACGUCAGUGUAUGUCCACUAGUGCUUGUUUUUGCUAACAGGUUCAGAUUGUUAUUAUAAGUGUCUGACAACAUUAUGGACAGGAUUCUUACAUACAUAAACCUUUCUUUUAAAAAGGAAGUUUACCCAGAAACAUAGCUAAAUAUCGCCACAAGACUCCAUUUACAAAAACAAUAUUAUUUGUGUUAUUCUAUGGUACUUUUACCUGUAUAAUUGAUCUGAAUACUUCUUCCACCACUUAAAGUGACACAGUAACACAUGUGAACUAAGAGAUGGAGACAGCUGUAUUCCAGCAGCUCCUGUGUUCUGCUCUGUAAAAUUACCAUUUUUGUCAAUGGAGUUUGGUAUCAAUAUGUAGCUAUGUUUCUGGUCAAACAAAAUGUAUCUUACUCUUUAAAAAAAAUCUCUAGGAAUCGUAUCUGUAAUGUCAGGCACUUGUUUUUACAAUCUGAGCUUGUCACUUGCAAAAACAAGCACUUAAGUAGAUGUACAUUGAAAAGGACAAUUGCCCAUUGGAUUACAUUGCAACAGCUGUUUGCAGUAGCAGGAUACUCUGUUCUUGCUCAAUACUGCACCAAUUUUAAAGACUUUUGUCCCGUCAUUUACAUCCAUAAACAUGUGAAAAUAAGGCCCAGGUUAAAAAAAUACCAGAGUUAUCCUUUAAAAUUAAAUUUCUCUGGAGCCUCAUUGUGGAUGUCUGCCAUGAUUCACCAAGUGCCUUUUCACAAGAUGUGUAUCAUGUAAAGAGAUUACCAUGUUUGGAGAGGACACUGCUGCUGCAUACACUGCUGUUCCAACAUAUUGAGAAGAAAACCAUCAAUUGUAUCACUGGUAAAUUAUGCUCCUUUGUGAAAGCAUCCCCGCACGCUAUUUAAAGACAGAACAACUACCCUGGUUAACAAGCAAGAAACACAGAUGCAGAAGUAUUCGCCAAAAAACAGAAAGCUCCCCAUGGAGGGGAGUCAGCUGUGAGACUUGUGUCAGCACAUACCAUAUAGCCUAUUUUUUGGAUGGGAGACUUCUCUUCUCAAGCCACAUCCCAGCAUGUGUACAUCACAUGCACGAGAAUGACUCACUGCCUAUUUGCACAGUUCCAUCAUGACGUCAACAACCUAAUGAAAAUAAAAUAAAUGUAUUUUCUAUUU